CCCAACAAAAUCAUUAAACUACCUAUUUUUAAUUGACUAAAUUAAUGCAUCUAAAUAAUUCUAUUUUUUUUUCAUUUCAAACGCAAACAAAAAGCCGCCUUUAUAGUUCUUGGGCACACAAAAAAACGCUACAAAAAAUGUCAUUCAAAUAAACCUGAGUUGUGGUAUUUAUUUUAGUUGAUUUUGUGCGUUGCAAAAUGCAGGAAAUAUUAAAACAUUUGAGCAGUCUAGUUAAAGGAUUUGACGAUCACACGGAUAACAAUGUAUUUAAGUUACAUUACAAAUUUUCCGUAAUCCUCUUAAUCGUUUUUUCCAUUUUACUAUCAAGCAAACAGUAUUUUGGCGAUCCAAUUGUCUGCGAAACUGCAAAGGACAAAGAAUUAAUAAAGGUUUACUGUUGGAUUACGGGGACGUUUAUUCAAAAGAAAAAUAUCGAUGCUGCUGCACAAUAUGAGAGCCUAUACGGUUUAGGAAAUACAGUUUACAGUAGAAGUGAAACGUUCACGUUAUUUUACUAUCAAUGGAUCUGCUUCCUAUUUUGUUUCCAAGCAUUACUUUUUUACCUUCCAAGAUAUUUUUGGACGACAUGGGAAGGUGAUCGCUUAGGGCAAUUACCAAAAGACUUACGUGAUACUUUAGUACCAGAUAACUGGAUUGCCACAGGACAAAAACUAUGCAGUUACGUAUGUGAUGCUGGGAAUCAUGACAUUAUGGCUUUUCGAUUUGCUUUCUGUGAACUAUUAAAUUUGUGCAAUUUGAUACUUCAAAUUAUGAUUAUGGAUUGGUAUCUAAACGGAAAAUUUGCCAGCUAUGGUUAUCAUGUAGCAACUAAACCGUAUCCUCAUCCUAUGAAUGAAGCUUUUCCUAAGAGAACAAAAUGUUUGUACACUAACUACGGUUCUAGCGGUUCGACACAGGUAAUGGAUGCACUUUGUGUUCUACCAUUAAACAUUUUAAAUGAAAAAUUCUUCCUGAUUCUCUGGUAUUGGAUGAUUAUCUUGUUUUUUGUUACUCUAAUUGCUUUAAUAUACAGAGCCAUGUUUAUGGUUUGGGAAAGAUUUCGCAUUUAUCUUCUCAUGGCUCAAGUUCGUAAUUUAAAUAGAAAUAAAGCCGUUUACAUAACAAAACAUUUAACUCAUGGACAAUUUUUUUUGUUAUAUAACUUAGGCAAAAAACUUAAUCCUAUAGUUUAUAAAGAUCUUUUACUGCUCAUAUUCGAGAAAAUGAGCGAAAAGUAUAAGUUUGAUAUAUAGAGACUGAAGAUUCAAAGAUCUAUGAGGUCCUAGAUUUUUUAGUUAGUGUUGAAUUUAUUUUUUAAAUAGAUAUAUACAAUAUCUAUCAUUCAGUAUUUUUUAGCUUAGUUUUUGUUGUACUUGUUCUAAGUUAUCUAUAAUUUCUAGAGUCAUUAACAUAAUACUCAUAAAUUAGACAUAACAAUUGUUUUUUUUUUGUUUUCUUUUUUCUAGGAUAUUUUGAUUUGUUUAUAUUUUUGUUAUACACUUAACUACCUCAUAGGUAUAAGCUGAUUUAAGAUCAAAAAAAUAUUUUGUUGUUUAAACAAGCAUGGCGUAUGCUUUAUUUUGUUACCGAAUUAGGAAAUAAUAUAUAUUUUUAUAUUAAU